UCACCAUAGAGAUAUCACACGCAUCAUCUCACACGCCAUAACUUUUCGUCAUGGCCAAGUUUGUUAUCGCAGGUUCCUGUAAUUGUCCAUACUAUGCGAAACUUGAACUUCUAGCAGAUGAACUUUGUAUAAAUCUGCCUCAGUUCAAAGUUCACAAAAUUGUUAAACCAGUCGAAGAAUGGUCGGAUUGGCUUCGAGAUCUUUGUAUAAAAAAUAAAUGGAGUCAUGUGAAGAGCCCCAUCGUGUGGCGAGAAUUAGUCGACCGAGGAGGAAAAGGUUCAUUGAUUGGUGGAUUUAAUGAAUUCCUUGAAUAUGCCCAGUGUUACUACGGAGUGACGUCAAAUAUCAUGACGGAUUUGAUGUUGAAAAUGAGAGAAGAAAAUGAGAGAAUGAGUGAUGAGAAGAAAAAAGAAGAAGAGUAUUAUAAAAGUUUAAGCAAACCUAUAAAUAUUUGUAUUACUAACGCUUCCUGUCCAUCGGCCUAUCAUUUAGUUCCGGCUAUAGCAAGUGGAGAAGUGUUUGGUUCAGAAGUUGAAAUAUCUUUGAGAUUGCUCGAUUCAGAAGAUAACAUGAAUAUAUUGAAAGGACUUGAGUUGGAGUCGUUUGACCUUGCAUAUCCCCUUCUUCGUCAAACGACCUUGACCUCUGAUCCUGAGCAAGCAUUGAAAAACACAACAGCAGUUUUUAUUCUUGACGAAGUUUCAAUGGAAAAUGAGAAAGGACAAAUAGAUUCAAAAACUGACUGGUUGAAGAGGAACGCAAAGUUAUUUGAAAAAUAUGCUGAAAUAUUGAAUAACCAUGCUCUGGCUGAUGUAAAGGUAAUCGUAUCAGGCAGUGGGCCAGUCAACUUCAACACUCAUGUUCUGACAGAAAAUGCGACAAAUAUUUCAAAACAAAACAUAGUGGCUGCUUCCAGGCUGCAGGAACGUAGAAUGAGAGCAUCGCUUGCAAAUAAAUUGAAAACAAAUUCAGUUGGAGUGAAAGACGCCAUCGUGUGGGGAGAUUGCGCCAACGAUGGAGCAGAAAGAAUAUUUGCGGACAUUUCUUUAGCUCGAACGCACAAUUAUGAUGGCGCAGUUUGGGGUCCUGAUUGGUUCUCGAGACCUGUCAUCGAAAUGGUUUAUGACAAUAAAUGGUUAUCAACAGAUUUCAUAUCUGACCUUCAAAAGCAUGAAACGACCUUGAAAGAGCAAUUGCAUCAUGAUGGAAGUGUUAGCGCAGCUUCGGCAUUGUCUUCACUCAUGCAUGAUUGGUUUUUGGGUUCAAAGGGCGAUGAGAUGUUCUCCUUAGGAGUGGAAAGUGAAGGUUGGUACGGCGUCAAGAACUGCGUAUUCUCUCUCCCAGUUAAAUUCACGACACCAGGUUCGUACCAAGUGGUUUGGGAUCUUAAACCUGAUGACGAGACAAUGAAGAAAAUAACGGAAUUGGAAAAUGAAGUGAAAAAAGAUAUUCGACUUGUUUUUCCUGAGGAAGAACCAGCAUUAGUAGAAGAAAAGGUCUUUGGUGAAAAUGUUGAGGUAACUGCGGAAUCCAUUACAACAGACUCCCUCACCAAAACACCAGGUGGCGAUAAACUAGAAAUUAUCAAGGAGGAAAAUGAGGCAACCAAUGGUACAGAAGGAAAGGAUUCCGCAGAGAAAGAAUCUGAAGAAAAACCAGAAGAUACUGCUGAACCAACUGAAGAGGAAGCAGAAUUGGAUCCGGAUAUGGAUGAUAUAGAGGAAACACCAGAAUGA